UUCAGCGCUGCUGUAUUUAAACCAGUUGAGCGGCCCUGCGGCGUGGGGAGGGCGGAGUGUGAAACUACCUCGUUCGCUGGUACCCUGCAGGACGCCGGGGAAGCUGAAGGUGACCAGAGACCAAGGGAAGAGCAGCUGUUGGACAAUCAAGCAUUUUAUCUAAGGACUCUGCACUUUUCCACAAGAAGAAGCCAGAGGAGGACUAAUAAUUUGCCAUUCUAAGCCAUGCCCCAUAGGUUAGUAUUGUUCAAGGAUGUGGCCAUAGACUUCUCACAGGAGGAAUGGGCAUACCUGGAUUUGGAACAGAAGGAUCUGUACAGAGAUGUGAUGCUGGAGAACUACAGCAACCUGGUCUCAGUGGGAGUUUCCAUUUCUAAGCUAGAUGUGCUCUCCUUAUUGGAGCAAGGGAAAGAACCUUGGAAGGUUGUACAGGAGGUGACAAGAGAUCUGAGCCCAGACUGGGAAUCCAGGUGUGAAACCAAGAAGAUACCAUCAACAAGAGAAAUUUAUGAACUAGAAGCAUCUCAGUGGGAAAUAAUAGAACAACUUAAAAGCCAUAAGUAUGAGUAUAAAAGUUUUCAAAAUGAUAGGGAAUGCGGAGACCAGUUUGAAAGACAACUAGGAAAUAAAGAGGUUUCUAGACAACUAGUAAUCUAUGAAGAAAUGCCUAAUUUUAGUCAGACUAUAUCCCUUACUUUACAACAGAGAAUUCAUUCAUCUGAAAAAUUUGAUGAAUGUAAAGCAUGCAGAAAGUAUUUUAUCCUUGGCUUUCAACAAACUGAGCAUCAGAAAAAUCAUUCUGAUGAAAAAUUCUGUGAAUGUAAACAAUGUGGAAUGGCCUUUAUUAAGGACUCACAGCUUACUUACCAUCAUAGAGUUCAUGUUCCUAAGAAACUCUAUGAUAAGGAAUGUGGAAAAGCCUUCAUUUGUGCUUCGCAACUUAUUUAUCAUCAAAGAAUUCAUACUGGAGAGAAACUUUAUGAAUGUAAAGAGUGUGGAAAAGCCUUUAUUUGUGCCUCACAACUUAUUUAUCAUCAAAGAAUUCACACUAGUGAAAGACCCUAUGAAUGUAAUGAAUGUGGGAAGGCCUUCUUUUGUGGCUCGCAACUUACCUACCAUCAAAGAGUUCAUGCUGCUAAGAAACCCUAUCAGUGUAAGAAAUGUGGAAAAGCCGUUAAUCGUGGCUCCCUCCUUACUCAACAUCAAAAGAUUCGCAUUAGUGAAAAACCCUUUGAAUGUAAAGAAUGUGGAAAGACUUUUAUUUGUGACUCAGAACUUACUCAGCAUGAGAGAAUUCACACUGGUAAGAAACCCUAUGAGUGUAAGGAAUGUGGAAAGUCCUUUAUUCAUGGUUCACAGUUUACUCACCAUCAGAGAAAUCAUGCUGGUGAAAAGCCGUAUGUGUGUAAAGAAUGUAGAAUGGCCUUUACACAGAGUUCAUAUCUUUUGCAACAUCAGAGACGUCACACUGGUGAGAAACCCUACAUAUGUAAUGAAUGUGGAAAGUCCUUUAUUCGUGGCUUUCACCUUACCAGACAUCAGAGAAUUCAUACUGGUGAGAAACCCUAUGUAUGUAAUGAAUGUGGGAAAGCCUUUCGUUAUAGUUCACAGCUUUCUCCACAUUAUAGAUUUCAUACUGGUGAAAAGCCUUAUAAAUGUAAAGAUUGUGAGAUGUCCUUUAUCCUUGGCUCACAACUUACUGAACAUCAGAGGAUCCAUACAGGUAAGAAGCCACAUGAAUGUAAGCAGUGUGGAAAAGCCUUUAACUAUGGCUCACAGCUUAUUCGACAUCAGAGGACACAUACUGGUGAGAAACCAUAUGAAUGUGAAGAAUGCGGGAAAUCAUAUGUUUCUGGUUCACACCUUACUGAACAUCAAAGAAUUCACACUGGUGAAAAACCCUUUGAAUGUAAGGAAUGUGGGAAAGCCUUUAUUCGUGGUUCAUAUCUUACUCAGCAUCAGAGAAUUCAUACUGGUGAAAAGCCAUAUGUAUGUAAAGAAUGUAGAAUGGCCUUUACACAGAGUUCACAACUUUUUCAACAUCAGAGACUUCAUACUGGUGAGAAACCCUACAUAUGUAAUGAAUGUGGAAAGUCCUUUAUUCGUCGCUUUCAACUUACUAAACAUCAGAGAAUUCAUACUGGUGAUAGACCGUAUGAAUGUGAAGAAUGUGGGAAAUCAUUUAUUUGUGGUUCACACCUUGCUGAACAUCAAAGAACUCACACUGGUGAAAAACCCUUUGAAUGUAAGGAAUGUGGGAAAGCCUUUUUUCGUAGCUCAUAUCUUACUCGGCAUCAGAGAAUUCAUACUGGUGAAAAACCCUUUGAAUGUAAGGAAUGUGGGAAAGCCUUUAUUUGUAGCUCAUAUCUUACUCGGCAUCAGAGAAUUCAUACUGGUGAAAAACCCUGUGAAUGUAAAGAAUGUAGAAAGGCCUUUGCUUAUGGCUCACAACUGUCUCGACAUCAGAAAAUUCAUACAGGUGAGAAUCCCUAGGAAUGUAAGCUGUGUGGGAAGAUCUUUAUUUUGUGCCUCACAACUUGAGCUACAUCAGAUAUUUCAUACUGGGAACCAUAUGAAUGUAAGGAAUGUGGUAAGACUUUUAUUUAUAGCUCACAGCUAACUUACUAUCAGAGAGUUCAUACUGGUGAGAAACAUACAAAUGUAACUAGUGUGGGAAGGCCUUUAACUGUCAAUCACAACUUAACAUCAGAGAAUUCAUUCUGGUGGAAGCCUUAUAAAUGUAAUGCAUAUGGCAAGGACUUUAGAUGUCAUUCACACCUUACUCAACAUCAGAAACCUCAUAAUGGAGAAAGACUGUGUGAAAAAUUAGUAAAUCCUUUCCAUGUUUAUCCAUAACAUUUGACUUUGAAAUAUCAGAAAAUUCAAAUUAUGAAUAUGAGUAUCCUGUUUUUAUAUAAACUCAUGAGUAAUUCACCUUCAGAGAGUAUAUAGUUUAAAAAGACUAGAUUAAUAUAAGUACAGAAUUACUUUCCAUCAUAUUUCAAUCUUUGCUAAACAGUGAUUCAUAUGAGAGCUCAACCCUAAAAGGUAAGGUUCUCUCGUUCAGCAUCAUUCUUUUGUUCAGCAUCAUUUCAGCUCCACCAUUUACUGUCUGGGUGUUUCUUUGGGAAAGUUACUUAACCCCUGUUUGUUUUAGUUUCUUCCUUACUAAUACAUUGAUAUCACAAAUUUCAUCAUUGUUGUCUGCAGUUUAAAGGAGUAAAUACAUAUAAAGCCUAUAGAAAUGUAUACUACAUAGUUAAUGCUUAGUAAAUGUUACCUUUUAUUGUAAAGAUUACUUUUAUUUUGUGUUUUAAUCAUAUUACAGAAUUCAAAAGAGAAGGAGACUUUACAAAUACAGUGAGAGUGAAGUAUUAGCUAUUCAGUCGUGUCUGACUCUUUGCAACUCCAUGGACGAUAGCUUUCCAGGCUCCUCAGUCCAUGGAAUUCUCC